AUGAAAUCGUUAUCUUUAUUCGCGAUUCUUCUUCUCCAUCUCUGUGUUAGUAGUUCUAGUUUCCAACGGGAUCUCUUCAACUAUGUGGCGAGCGGAUCAAGCAUACCUGAUUGUUCGAACGCAUGUGGUCCAUGUAAACCAUGCAAGCUCGUUGUGAUCAUUUCCAAGUGCUCAGCCUCCGAGGCUUGCCCUCUCGUCUACAAGUGCUUGUGCAAAGGCAAAUACUAUCACGUGCCUUCCCUCACCUAA